AGGUAAUUUGAGUUCUUCCGCGUUUACCUGAAGCUGCAAAGACUUUUUAAUGUAGUUGAUUUCCAUUGAAAUAACGAGGACAUAAACAAAUCUGUCCUUGUUUUGCUUGCAUAAACAAAAUAUAGAUUAAGAGAAGGGAAAAAUCAGCGGAAGCAACAAGACUUAAAAAGUAAAGAAUCUUAAGUUUGUUUUCGCUUUAGUUAUAUUCUAGGUCAUCAUGGGUUGUUGUAACAGCGCAGAGAGCAAACGUGACUGGAAACCGCUGGAGGAGCGCAGCUGCACAGAUAUCCUAUGGCUCAUCAUAUUUACGCUGUUUUGUAUUGGGAUGGCAUGUAUUUGUGGCUUUGCCAUUGCCAUAGGAGGUGCCACCAGGCUAAUCUCAGGAUAUGACAGUUAUGGCAACACCUGUGGUCGCAACAACACCAAAAUAGAGGGUGUACCCCUCAGUGGCCGGGACAUGAGGGACAAAAAGUAUGUUUUCUUUCUAGACCCUUGCAACCUUGACUUCAUCAACAGGAAGAUAAAAUCCAUUGCCCUCUGCGUCUCCACAUGUCCAGCUACUGAACUGACGACAUACAAUGAUUUGAAGCAGUUUUCUCUUAAUAAUGGCUCUGACCUCUGCUCCUACGAUAUUUCUCCUACAAGAUAUGUAAGCCAUCCAGACAGAUUCACCAAAUGUCCAAAACUUCCUUCUCUUCCAAGUAAGCCUGUGCCGGUGUUCCACCGCUGUAUUCCCACGGACAUCAGCUGCUAUGCCGACUUUGCGCAGGCCUUCAUCAUGUUUGUCAGUGACAACACUGUGCUGCGUCGAGUCAUCGCAGGAGUGAUGGCCAGCAAGGAGAUCAUCAUGGGUCUUUGUGUUCUAGCUUUAGUUCUCUCUAUGAUCAUGAUGGUGGUUAUUCGUUACAUCUCCAAAGUCCUGGUGUGGAUUCUCACAGUUCUGGUAAUCAUCGGCUCUUUAGGUGGGACGGGAGUCCUCUGGUGGCUCUACGCAGAUCACAGGAAAGCCCUGGAAAGUAAUGCCACAUCAGUAUUUGGAAAGGAAGUGGCCACAGACAAUGUUAAAGCCUUGCUUGUGUACUCAAUUGGUGCUACUGUUUUCACGGUCAUACUCCUCUUGGUGAUGUUCUUCAUGAGAAAGCGUGUGGCUCUCACCAUCUCUCUGUUCCAUGUGGCUGGUAAAGUGUUCAUCCACCUCCCCCUGCUCGUCCUGCAGCCUUUCUGGACCUUCCUCUGCCUCAUGCUCUUCUGGGUUUACUGGAUAGCUGUGCUUCUCUUCCUCGGGACCUCAGGGACACCAGUAAAGAACAACUCCACAGGUGUUGUUGAAUAUGAAAUGCAAGGGCCUCUUCAGUAUAUGGUGUGGUAUCACGCUGUUGGCCUCAUCUGGGUGAGCGAGUUCAUUCUUGCUUUCCAGCAGAUGACCAUCGCUGGAGCUGUGGUCACUUACUAUUUCACUAGGAACAAGUCCCAGAUGCCAGUUACCCCCAUCCUUUCUUCCACGGUACGGACCAUCCGCUACCACCUGGGUACUCUGGCCAAGGGCUCCUUCAUCAUCACACUUGUCAAGAUCCCUCGUCUCAUCCUAAUGUACAUUCACAGCCAACUCAAAGGAAAAGAAAAUGCCUGCGCCCGAUGCAUGCUUAAAGCCUGUGUCUGCUGUUUGUGGUGUCUGGAGAAGUGUUUAGCAUACUUAAAUCAAAAUGCUUAUACAGCAACAGCCAUCAACAGCACUAGUUUCUGUACCUCAGCCCGCGAUGCUUUUGUCAUCCUGGUGGAGAAUGCACUCCGAGUGGCAGCCAUUAACACCGUGGGCGACUUUGUCCUCUUCCUGGGAAAGGUCCUCAUAGUGUCGUGUACAGCUUUUGCUGGCAUUUUGGCUUUAAACUACCAGAGGGACUAUACUGUGUGGGUGCUUCCUCUCCUCAUCGUGUGUCUCUUCGCUUUCCUCGUGGCCCAUUGUUUCCUUUCUGUGUUUGAAAACGUGGUCGAUGUCCUCUUCCUCUGCUUUGCUGUGGAUACAAAGUAUAAUGAUGGCAGUCCUGGACGCGAGUACUACAUGGACAAGACCUUAAUGGAAUUUGUUGAGAACAGUAAGAAAAUGGGUCGGUACCAGCCAACUGACGGAGACGGCCGGGAAAUGAAGUCCAUGAGGGGUGGAGGAACUGUAGCUUGACCAAGCAUCAGAGAAAAAACACUUAAAACUGCUUGAAAACACUCAAUGUAACUCACUUUACCAGCAUUAAACUCAAGAAUAUCAGUAAUAUAAUUUACUAUGUACAGACGUUUUGAACAGUUGCAGCAUGAGUCUCACUAAGCGUUCAGUUUCUAAGAGAAAAUGUUAUUAAAUUUAGACAUUAAUAGAUUAUGGUGAAACAUGUGUAGCAGUUGUUUUGUGAUGAAAAUGAUGGCGUUGUUGUUUAUUGUUGUUUUUCUGUUUAUCUGAGACUUCCAUUUAAGUGUAUUGUUAAUAAUUCUUGCAGUUUAAACAUUUUUAAAGGUGUGCAGUUUGUUUGGUUCUGUGUAUAUUUUAAAAGAAGUGGCUAACCAUUGAUUUCAUAUUUGUCUGUUUUUCAAGAAAACAAGUUGUAAAUGACUUAUUAAAGUUUUUUGUAUCUAAAUAGUA